GAUUAUAAAUAGCCAAACUAGGGUUUUUAGCAUUUGCCGUAUGCUGAGAGAGUUUGGAAGAUAAAGGCGCCUCCUCUCCUUGUGACUCAAGAUUUACGAUGGCUGAAACCGUCGCCGAAGCUGAUCCCACUCAGAUCGAUGUCAAGCUCUUCAAUAGGUGGAGCUUCGACGAUGUUCAGGUUAAUGACAUAUCUCUGGCGGAUUAUAUUGGAGUGGUGGCAUCCAAACACGCCACAUAUGUCCCUCACACUGCUGGUAGGUACUCUGUGAAGCGUUUCAGAAAAGCUCAGUGCCCCAUAGUUGAGAGGCUCACCAACUCUCUCAUGAUGCACGGUAGAAACAAUGGCAAAAAGCUAAUGGCUGUGAGGAUUAUUAAGCAUGCUAUGGAAAUUAUUCAUUUGCUAACUGACCAGAACCCUAUUCAAGUUAUUGUGGAUGCUGUUAUCAACAGCGGUCCUCGUGAAGAUGCAACUCGAAUUGGUUCUGCUGGAGUUGUUAGAAGACAGGCCGUGGAUAUCUCACCCCUUCGCCGUGUUAAUCAAGCCAUCUAUCUUCUAACAACAGGUGCACGCGAAGCUGCUUUCAGAAAUAUAAAGACAAUUGCCGAAUGCUUGGCUGAUGAACUUAUUAACGCAGCAAAAGGUUCAUCCAACAGCUAUGCUAUCAAGAAAAAGGACGAGAUAGAGAGAGUUGCCAAGGCCAACCGUUAAACAGCUUUUGCAAGUAGUCUUAGUGAUGAGAAAUAUUUUAUUUUGGUCUUUGUACUUCAUUUAUUAAACAUCUUUGCCUUCAAACAUGCUUAAAUACUUUUGCUGGUGGAUUUUUUCACCGUUUUCUUGGGGAAUUCAUAUGUUAUGAACAAUUUUGUUGC